UCCCUAAAAUAAUAUAUGUAGGUUAACUGUAAGAAGCAUAUAAAAUUACAUGGAAGAGAUGAGGCAGAGGAGCGGGCUCGAGCUAAAUAUCAAGAUACGGAACCUUACGAUAAAAUUGAAACCACGGUCAUUAUUGAUGACAGUACUGUCACCACCCUACAUCCUGGAUACGAAAUUGAGUUCUCCAAGAUCUCUCUACCCAACCGGGACGCGGAGAAGGUUCGAUCAAUCAACGAUGCUGCUGGAUCUGAUGAGCUUGGAGUUGGUCGGAUGGAUACUUCAGAUUGUCUGUUUCCCGUACCUGGGACUGAACAGGGUUCCAUUGAGAUGGUUGAAUAUGAAUCCUCGGUGGAAACCAUGACCAUUCCUUUAAACUCCAAUAUUCUCGAGCAUGCGGUCAGAGUAGAGGAGAAAGAAGAGGAAGACUUGUUUCCCCAUGACGGAGAAGUUAGAAUUCAUAAAACUAACAUCAAUCUUUCUCAACAAAGUAGAGAGGGUAUGGUGGAUGAAUGCUUGGUCGGCUUGUCUACCAACGUGAAUAAUGCCACCAGCCAGCUAGGUCUUCAGAGUCUUUCAGACCAGCAGAGACAGCUAGGGUUGAACAAUCAACAAAGCAUUCAAAAGUCAACCACCCAGCAAGGGUUAACCAGUAUUCAUGAGUCGGCCGGUCAUCAGUCAACCGGGCAGCCUGGUCAAACUAAUCUUAAUGACCUGACCAAUAAUCAAACUUGGAGACCAGUAUUAAAUGAGGCUAGUAGCUUUCAGGCGGACGAACUUAAGCUUGAAGGAGCUGGUUUAUCAGAAGAACACCAGAAAUCAGCUACUGUUCCUACAAGACCGACCCAGCACAAGUGCCAAGAAUGCUGUGAUGUAUUCUCAACAGCUACGGAAUUGAAAAGCCAUAAAAAAUCCCAUAAACCAGGACCAGAGCUUCAUCAUUGUCAUAUAUGCAAGGUAAAAAUACAUUAAUAGAGGUUUUAUUAC